GAGGCGGCAAUCGGAGAGCGCGAUCUAGCGCCAUCGCUUCAUCUCGGUCGCCCGACAUUGCCCCGUGCCGCGAUUUCACCGGAUCCGUGACGGCGAAAUAUGUGGGCGGCGCAGUCGGGCGCACCUGUUGAUUAACUCGGAAGCACGUCGUCUUCGGCUCGUCCCGAUAUUGGCCGUGUUUGCACUACGUUGCAGGCGAGAAAUGAGAAUCGUUUUUUUCGGAUGGUAUUGCGGCGGCGGUGGUGGUGGUGGUGGGUGACCGUACCGUAGCCGACGUUUUUAUUUUUUUUUUUCUAAGGACGACUACGCAGCAAACGGAUAACAAGUCCGCUGACUCGACCAUAUAACUGCACUGACCAUUGCUGCACCUACGUACGUAACGUUGCGUGCAAUCCGCUGCAAUACGGCGGCGGUACUCUGCAGGACCAUGUCGUCUGCCGAUCUCGCGCACUGCUCGUCGAUUGCAGCCGCACCACACCGUCAUCGCCGACCGAGUACGUCGUUUUUAGGGCAACGAAGAUCGAACGCUACCCGCCGCCACUUGUCGGACGCGGCCGCGAUAUUGUCGUCGUCGUUAUAAUCGAAACAUCGUAAAACACAAUCAAUAUCGUCGUCUUGAUUUCUGCGGUGGUCCGACUUUGGCAACCCAAAUCGAAAAUCGAGGUUUAAACCAGCAGCAGUAGACGCAGCGACACGUUACGGAUAUUGCCCAGUGCCCACACACAUCUGCACACCACGUGGAUAGUCAUACAUUACACUGCCAUGACUCCAACGCAUGUAGGAGACGUUAAAAAUGCUGCCACUGAGGGAUUACCUGCAAAGUUUGUUCUGUCCAUGAGAACAUUGUUUGACAUUUUAGACGAUAAAAGAACUGGAUAUGUUAAGUUUUCUGAAAUUGAAACGAGAUGGCAAGAUGAUGGUACAAAAGGUUUGCCAAAAGGUGUAUUAGAUAGUCUUCGAAAAGUAACACCACCAAAUGGUCUACUAUCUUUUGACCGUUUUUGUACUGGUUUAAAAAUGUGCCUACUUCGAAAUCAAAUGGAAAAUGGUCGUCGAGAUAAUGACUCUGCACGACCUCCAUCUGCUCCACUUUUAGAUGUCGAUAUUAAACCUGACGUACAAUGGACAAAUGGAAAUAUGGCUGCCAUUCGACCAACUCAACAAAGAACUCUGAGUAUGCCACAAUUAGCUUUGGAGCGCAAUAGUAAGGAAGUUCACCAGAUAUCACAAAAAUCCACAUCCUCACUUUUCGGACCACCAAAACCUCCUAGAACUGCAGCAGGCUUAGAACGUGGCUUACAGCUUGCUUCUAGUGACCGUAUUAUUGAUAAGGCCGAAAUAAGAACAGCUUUACAAAAUUGGCAAUUGGGAGUGUUAUUAAAUGAUCAGAGCUGUUCUAGAAGUGAAAAACAAUCAGGAGAACAAACUUAUAAAAGAAUUAAUCAACGGCGAAGAGAACCAAGACGUCAUACUCUUCAAAGUGGUGUAGAUUAUAAUAUGCUGAAAAGAAUUAAGCAAAUAGAACAAGAAAAAGAAGUUCUUAUGCAUGGUCUUCAAGCUGUGGAAAGGGCAAGAGACUGGUACCAUAAGCAGAUAGCUGCUGUACAAGAGAAAAUGAAAUAUCUUGGACGAACAAAUUCGCAUACAGAUCAAUGGACUGAAGCACAACAAGAGCGUAUAGAGUUACAACGUGCUAGAGUCUUAGAGGUUAAUAGACAUUUGUCCGCAUUGACAGAUGGUGGUGAACGAUGGGGUGGUUUACCAUUACAUAUGAACUUGGCUGUGCAUUCAGCAAAUAAUCCUGGAACGAUGUUACAUCAAAAUCCUCAAGUAAUGGCUACAUUAAAACAUCGCAACCACAUACUCACUGAGGAGUUAGGACAAAAAAGUGAAAGAAUAUCAACAUUAGAAAGAGAAAAGGCAACUCUUAUCAGAGAAUUAUUUCAAACGCGAACCCAGAUGGGACGUAAAGUAGGAAGAUUAGAUAGUAAACCUGAUGGUCAGUCAUAUAUACCUUAAUAACUGGAAUCUGUUACCAAGUGCAAUAAAAAGAAAAAAACGGUGCUUGAAUAGAACAGAAAAAAUAAAAAUAUACCAUUAUUUUUGUGCUCAAUUUAACAGGUACACAAUAUAUUAUACUCUUAUGUGUUAUGACAAUACAAAUUUUAUUGUAAUGAUCAUUAGCCAUACCUCAAUUUUAUCAAUAUUAGGUGUUAUUAUUAAUUAGUCUAAACUGAACUUUUUCUCAUUUAAUGCAAAAUAAUUUUUAAUAAAAUAUUGCUUAUUGUGAUGAUUGUACUUAUAAAAACAUAUACUGUUUACAAUAAGGUACAGCUAUUUAAAUUUGUUUAGAGAGAAGUUUAGUAUUUUGUUAUAGUCUUAUGUAAAAGAUAUAUAAAUUAAUGUUUAAUAUGUAUUCACUUUGUUUAAAUAAAUAAUUUUACUCAACUUGUUAAAUAAUGUAUUAAACUGCCAUACAAGUGAAGUAGUUUUCAAACUAAUUUUAACAUAAGUUUCCGUCCAUCUCUCUGUGAUGCCAAUAUUAUUCACAUUAUAAACUGGAAAUUUUUUAAGUUUAAUUAUUGUUGCUAAAUUUUUAAUAUUUAAUAAAUUAAGUUAACCUAAAAUUUGUUUAAAUAAUGUUGUGCCAUAAAUAUUUAAUGUAUUAUAUUGAGUAACCCGAUAUAAAAUUUAUAUUUAUAUUAUUACUAUAUUUUUGGGAUAUGGCAAAUAUGUUAUUAUUUAUUUAAAAAUAGAUAAUAUUUUACAAUAUGUUGAUGUAUUUUUACUGAUUUUUAUUCAUUAAUUAUUUUUUGAUAUAUAAAAAUGUUAAUUUUGUACUUUUGUAAAAAUAAAAAAUUAAUAAACCAUUAAAUUAAAAAC